AUGAAGGCUUGUCUGAGCUGCGCCCUCCGCCUCGUCCUCCUCCUCGCGCCGGCGGCGCAGGGCGCCUUCCUGUCCGGCGGCGCGCGUGACUGCAGCGGCGCCGCAGCCUGCCGCCGCCGCAGCACUGCGCCGGCGGCGCAGUUUGGCUUCAAGAUCCAGAAGAGUGAGCGGCUGCUGAUCCGCGAAGCGUGGGAGCGCGCCGACGCGUACCGCCCGGGGAAGCCGAACUGGUUCACGAGCCAGAAGAAGGACUUGGUGGAGCUGCACCACCAGCUCCAGCCCGAGAUCCUCUCGAUGCCCUCCGAGCCACACCCCACCAACGAGACGUCGCUGCUGGGCUCGCUGCUUCGCGUGCUCACCACCGGCGACCUGGCGCUGACGCUCUGCUCGAAGGAGGCGCCGGUGCUGACGCAGCUGCGCGACUGGCUCGUCGCCGAGCUGCCUAUGCCAGAGGCGGUCCUCGGCCUGCCCGAGGAGCAGGGCCGCGUCCUGUCUACGCUCGCCGCGGCGCUCGACGCGCGCAAGCUGCUCGACCUCGGCACCUUCACGGGCUACUCGUCCAUCGCGAUGGCGCUGGCCACCGCCGACGACGCCAAGGUCAUCUGCUGCGAGCCUGACACCACCGCCGCCCGCUCGGCGCGAGAUUGGUGGAUCAAGGCUGGAGUCGCCGCAAAGAUGGAGAUGCACGAGACCAAGGCGGAGGCGCUGCUCGACCGCCUCAUCGCCGACGGAUCAGGGCCCUCCUUCGACAUGGUCUUUGUCGACGUCGGCGACCGCGCCGCCUACGCAGGCCUCCACGAGCAGCUGAUGAAGCUCGUGCGGGUGGGCGGAGUGAUCGUCUACUACGACACGCUCUGGGCCGCGGACCAUGUCCUCAGCCACGAGCCAUUCCCGACGAUGCGCGCCUUCAACGCGAGGCUCGCCGCCGACCCGCGCGUGCUCGCCUCGCUCGUCCCUCUCUCGUACGGCAUCACCCUCUGCGUCAAGACCCUCGAGGUCGAGCAGCAGCCGCUCGCCGCCGCCCUCGAGGCUCGCUCUGCUGGCGACUCGGCGCCCUUCCUGGCGCUGCUCGCCGAGCGGCGCGCCGAGCUCGAGCGGCGCCUCGCCAGCCUCGCCCCGCCGCAGCAAGGCAGCAGCAGCGCCGCCUCCGCGGCAGCCCCGCCCGCGACCGACCACGCCGCGGCGGAGGCGGCGGAGGCGGGAGAGGAGGGGGUGGCGGCCGCAGCCGAGCCGGCCGCAGCCACAGAGGCCACGCCGCCCUCCACUGAGCCCGCCUCGCCCGCCGCUGCCGCCGCCGCCUCGCCCGCCGCCGCCUCGCCCGAGUCGGAGUUGGAGUCGGGCCAGGCGCCGCCCUCGCCGGCCCAGCCGCCCAAGAAGGGCUCGUGGUUCUUCUGAGGCGGCUCCUCUGGAGAAAGGGCGGGAGGAGGGGCGGGGGAGGGGAGUGUGGUGGGCGCUUCGCCGGUGUGCUGCGGGCGGAGGAGGAGGGGGUGGCGCGAAGGGAGCUCGGGCGCACACCGCCUGCAGCUGCAGCUGGACAUUCGCGGCGGCGAGCCGAGGCUCCGCGGUUGGCAGCGGAUCCACGACCGCCAUCUGUCGUACACGGGCUGUCGACUGUCCGGUAUACGAAGCUCGAAGGAAGCAAGGAACUAGGAAGGAAGGGGAAAAAAGAAUAAGAAA